CCAUCUGCAAAAUACCCUCUCGCCAUCAUCACCGGCACAAACGAUUAAACCUCCCACAGCAUCGCACACACACCCGAAAGCUCAAACAGCCAGUUCCAAAUCGCACGCACACAAGCAACAAUGGCCGACAGCGCAGGAGUCCCGAAGCCGCAACGGCGACCGUCCUCCCCGCUCAAGAACGGCUACCUCAUCGCCUACAACUUCGUCUCCGCCGUCGCCUGGGCCACCGUCCUCGGCCGCACCGUCGCGCUCUUUGCCCUCCGCGGUCCGCAUUUCGUUCAUCUCGGCGUUGGCGACUGGACGCGGUGGACGCAGAGUAUGGCUGCCAUGGAGGUUCUGCACGCUUUGCUCGGCGUCGUCCGCGCCCCCGUCUUCACAACCGUAAUGCAAGUCCUCUCCCGCUUCGUCCUCGUCUGGGGCGUCGUCUACCCGUUCCCCUACCUCGCCCGCAGCCCGUGGUACUCGUCCAUGCUCCUCGCCUGGAGCGUCACCGAGGUGAUUCGCUAUUCGUACUUCGCCCUCACACUCAGCGGGUUCCAGCCCAAGUUCUUGACGUGGCUGCGGUAUAACACGUUCUUCGUGCUGUACCCCAUCGGCAUCACGAGCGAGUGCGUCUUGAUUUACUACGCUGCUGCGCCGGCUAGGCAGUUUGGGGAGUUGGCGCCGUGGGUUUCGUAUGCUAUUCUUGCUGUUUAUGUUCCUGGAUCGUAUAUUCUUUACACGUACAUGAUGAAGCAGAGAAGCAAAGUCAUGCGCAACUUGAAGGCCGAGGAGGCGGGCCGCUCCAAGACGCAGUAAUUCUUUCAACUCUAGAAAUGAAGGGCGUGAAAUCCAAAAUUUAGGUGGGGUAUAAGGACUAUAUAAUGGUCGGGGGUAUGGUAUGGUUAUAGACAAAAACAGAAGAGGACGGGCGUAUACAAAAAUUCGUCCACACUCUAGCAGCCGUAAUAAUAGAGAAAAAAGGGAAAGAUCA